GUCUGAUUUCACACAGCACUGUUCAAACAGUCUGUUAAUGUGUCAGUAUGGGCUCCAGUGCACUUUCUCUUACACUCUUGCUGAUGUCCCUCAUCAGCUCUGGACUCACUCAAGAUUCACCCAGAUCUACUCUGACUGUGACUCCAGACAGUCCUGUAUUCACUGGAGAGAGAGUGAUUCUGACGUGUGUGAUUGAGUCUGAUCACAGAGACUGGAGAUAUGAGUGGUGGAAAGGAAACUCAUACAUUCAAGUGUCUCAGCGUCUCACUGUAGACAGAAACACUCUCACUAUUGAAGGAUCUGAAUCAUCUGAUGAGGGUCAGUACACGUGUAGAGGAAACAUAGAAGGAAGAUCAGUCUCAUCACAAUCAAGCUCUGUUUCUCUCUCAGUGAAGGAUUUACCCAGAUCUACUCUGACUGUGACUCCAGACAAUACAGUAUUCACUGGAGAGAGAGUGAUUCUGACGUGUGUGAUUGAGUCUAACAGAGACUGGAGACAGAGAAAUUACCUGACACAUGACCAGAGAUAUUACUGGACACCUGACUGGAGAUAUGAGUGGUGGAAAGACAGUGUAAAGUUACAGUCGUCUGAUCGUUACACUGUAAACACAGACACUCUCACUAUCAGAGCAGUAACUACAUCUGAUGAGGGUCAGUACACGUGUAGAGGACAGAGAGAUAAAAGACCAAACUCAUCACAAUCAAGCUCUGCUGUUUCUGUCUCUGUGAAGGAGAGACCAGAAGCUGUAGUGAAGGUGUCUCCAGAUCAGCGUGUGUUCAGAGGAGAGAGAGUCACUCUCACAUGUGACAUACAGAGAGGACGACACAUUCAGUGGACAUACAGCUGGUUUAAAGAUGGAGACACUAGCUAUCCAUACACAACAACAUCAACAGCAGAGUACAGUUUCAGAGCUGAAGUGUAUUACAGUGGUAAAUACAGCUGUAGAGGAGAGAGAUCAGACUCACAAAGAUCACACAUCAGUGCUGCUCUUACACUGGCUGUAUCAGAUUCACCCAGAUCUACUCUGACUGUGACUCCAGACAGUCCUGUCUUCACUGGAGAGACGGUCAAUCUGAAGUGUGUGAUUGAGUCUAAUCAUACUGACUGGAGAUAUGAGUGGUAUAAAGGAAGAAACAACAGUGUAAAGUUACAGUCGUCUGAUCGUUACACUGUAAACACAGACACACUCACUAUCAGAGGACUGAAUGAAUCUGAUCGAGGUCAGUUCUGGUGUAGAGGACAGAGAGAUGAGAGACCAAACUCAUCACAGGAGAGUGAACGAAUAAAUCUGUCUGUUAAUGUCUCAGCAGCUUCAUCUUCUCUUCUGGUCACUGGUGUGGUUGUGGGAUCGAGUGUUUGUCUGUUGUUCUUCCUCUCACUGCUGCUGAUGUGGAGAUACAAGAAGAACAAAGAUCAGCAGCGUAACAUUAACCAGACAUCAGUCCCAAAUCAAUCUGCACAAUCGCAACUGGAGAACUUUCCUCUAGAGUCUGCAGAUUCUGAUCACAUUUAUGACGAUGUGACUGAAGUGAAUAAAAGAGACAAAGAUGAUCCAGAGCCAUUUUUGGAGGUCACGUAUUCAGAAGUCAUUUUUAAGAAAUAUAUAUCUGUGGAUAAAGAUGAUACCAUGGCAGAGUCAAAUAAUGUGACAUACUCAGAAGUCAAGCAAAUAUGCUGAUGCUGGAGUUGGUGAUGCAACUUAUGCUCAACUUAUUAGGAAGAAUACUAAAACGCGUCAAUGAGUUCAGAGAAGACACCAGAUGACUAAAAGAGAUUCACAGCAGCAGACACAGUAACACUUGCAUUGCUUCAGAAAUGAUAAUGAGUGAAAGGAUUAUGAACAUGCUUGACUGAAAUACUUUACAGAUAUUUAUGCACUGUAUUAUAUGUACAAUUGCAAGCAAUAAAAUAUCUACACAUAUAGUAAAACAUUUUUACCAGUGA